CGGCACUUCAAUCCCUCUCUGCUGUUGUUGAUUUCCCACCCGCCUGCAUGACUUUUUCUUUUCCUUUUUUUCGCAACAGAUACACGAAAUUAAUGGCCACUUGGAGGCGUGACUAGCAAUUAAGAUUUGUCCGCCAGCAAGGUCGACUGCGGCUGGACACGACGCAACAGCAAGAAAAAAAGGGAGCAAGAUUCGCAUAGCUCUAUCAUCCAUCCUUUCUCCCUUUGCCAGUGCGGAUCCUCUUCCUCAACUUUUUCCCUCUUUUGGUUCCACCGGGCCCUCGUUUUUAUCCUUCAACUCUAGCACAAUACCUCAUAUAAGUAGCCCUUGCUGUUCUGCCCGUACCAUUCUAUCAAUGACACGAAACGACGACAACGACGACAGACGCUGCUGCGAUUCAUCCAGCCCACUACUUCCAAUGCCUUCCGCAGACCCCGCCCCGCUGGAAUUCACCAAGCAGGAGCAAGAGUCCCUAAAGUCGUAUAUCUGGAAGUGUGACCGGCGGCUUCUCCUGUAUGUCUGCAUCGGAUAUGCCACGGACUCGCUCAACAAGAUGGCUCUCUGCCCUCGAAACCUGGUCCUGAAGAAGGUCCGUCCGACGUACUGGCUCACCUGCAUCCAUGUUUUUAGCACGGCGUUCGCAAAGAACGCCCACGCGCUGGCCGCCUGCCGCUUCUGGUUCGGCGCCGUGCAGUCUGGGUAUCUGACUGGGUCUCUUUACUAUAUCUCGUACUGGUAUCCGCGCGAGCAGGUGCGUAAGCGCAUGGGGUUCUUUUUUGCUAGCUCCGGCAUCGGCGGGAUCAUUAUCGGGCCGCUCUGCUCGGGGCUGACGUCUAUCAAAUCGGAGUACCUGGCCCCUUGGCAGUGCAUCUUUGUCUUCGUUGGUCUGAUCAGCGGCGUCUGGAGUCUGCUUGGCCCAGCCACGUUUAUCACCGAGGACGAGCGCGCGGUCAUCACACGCAUCAUGCGGCACCAAAACACGGUUGUCAGCGACCAGCGCAUCAGCAUCAAGCAGAUCGUCAUGACGCUGAAGGACUACAAGAUCUGGCUCUGGACGCUGAUCGACUUUUGUGCCAACGGGGCCACCCAGGUCAACGGCAUGUUCGGCCCUACCAUUAUUGCCAGCCAGGGAUACUCAUCGCGCGUUGCCCAGGCGCUCUCGGCAUUGACCAAUUUCAUGGCGUUCUCUGGUAUGGCCAGUAUUGCCUAUGUGGCCAAGUUCACAGGCGGGUCUGCCUACGCCAUCAUGCUGUCUAACUGUAUCACCAGUCACUGCUUCGCCUCGCCACAGCCCGCGGCACACAGUCCGGCGUGGGAAAUGGCCAACCAGCAAGGUAACACCAAGCCGGCUAUGGCUGCUGCGUUUACAUCGGCUUUCGGUGGACUCGGGCCCCUGGCCACGGCUUUUGUGUACAGAGACCAGGACUCGCCGCAGUAUGUGCUCGGACACACAGUAUGCCUGUCUAUGACGUUCUUGUGCCUGCUGGCUGCAAUUGUGCUGAGAUUCGCGCUGGACCGUGAGAACAAGCUGCGCGAUAAGAAGCCCAUGGAUAUUAGCCGGCUGACUGCUGACGAGAUCCAAGACCUGGCCGACCGCCACCCUGACUUUAGAUACAAGCUAUGAGCGUUUACAGCUGAUAAACAUACCAUAUGUUCUCUGUCUAUGCACGGUAUAUAGCUUUGGCUCUCAUCAUCCCAGUAGCAAGGAAGCGGUGCAACCGAUAGAAAAAAUUCUAAAAAAAAAUACCCCUUUGAACAAGGCAUACUGAAAUAAAGUUUUCAUUGGAAAU